ACGACGGCUCGGCUGUGUUUGACAUUAGCUGAAAUGGGAAGCUAACAGCAGACGAGAAGUUUUCCGCUUUCACUUUCUUAAAGUCAAGCCACGUAUAUCCAUUAAAAAAAGUCAUGGAAAACCGAGUCAAAUAGCAGCUUCGCCCAUUUGUUAUCGACACCACAGCGGGGCUGCAGCAGGUGGAAGCAGCCGCCGCCGCGGAGAUGGCCAACUUGAACUGGAAGCCGUUCAUCUACGGAGGGAUGGCCUCGAUUGUCGCAGAAUUCGGCACAUUUCCCAUUGACCUGACUAAGACCCGGCUACAGGUCCAGGGUCAGUCCCAGUACACGGAGGUCCGGUACAAAGGCAUGUUCCAUGCCCUCUUCAGGAUCGGCAAGGAGGAGGGCAUCCGAGCGCUCUACUCUGGGAUUUCUCCCGCCCUGUUGAGACAAGCUUCUUAUGGGACAAUCAAGAUAGGAACUUACAACUCUCUGAAGAGGCUGUUUGUCGCUCAUCCAGAAGACGAGACCAUGGUCAUCAACGUCUUCUGUGGUGUCGUGUCUGGAGUACUGUCCUCCUCCCUGGCCAACCCCACUGACGUCCUCAAGAUCAGAAUGCAAGCGCAGGGCAGUUUGCUCCAAGGCAGCAUGAUGGCCAACUUCAUCAACAUCUACCAGACAGAGGGCACCAGAGGGCUGUGGAGAGGUGUCAUCCCCACAGCGCAGCGAGCAGCCAUAGUCGUCGGGGUGGAACUUCCUGUCUAUGACAUAACGAAGAAGCACCUCCUUCGCUCUGGCGUCAUGGGAGACACCAUUUUGACACAUUUCAUCUCAAGUUUCACGUGUGGUUUGGCGGGGGCGCUGGCCUCCAACCCUGUAGACGUGGUCCGGACCCGUAUGAUGAACCAGCGAGUUAUGUCAGGAGGCCCUCUCUACAAAGGAACACUGGACGGAGUGAUGCAGACGUGGAAGAAUGAGGGCUUCUUCGCUCUCUAUAAGGGAUUCUGGCCUAACUGGCUGCGACUGGGGCCUUGGAACAUCAUUUUCUUCAUCACCUUCGAGCAGCUGAAGAAGCUCCCAUUUUAACACCAGCAGGAAGUGGGACUUCACAGGACUGUCAGACUGUGACGGGCAUAAGUGGGGUGUGAGCACGGCAGCACCUGGAGUUUUGGCACCAGUAUAUUCACACUCCCCUCAAAUUCAUACGAAUGAUACAAUACGGUAUCAGUCAUCUCUUCCUGCCCACCUAAAUCUUAUGUUGAUUUCUCUUCUUUUUUUUUUUUUUGCAAAGUGUUUUAUUUAUUGUCACUGGUUUUGUUUUCGUACUGUUUUAAGGACUGCUGCUUUGAUGAUUUCUCUCACCCUCAACCACCGUUGAAACUCCCCAGGCAGCUAAAUGUUUGAUUGUAGCAGAAGAAUUGGAAAGUUUGGGAGACUGAGUUUAUUUCCUUGAGCUGAUAAGAAAGACAGAGUUUAUCAUUGUGGAUUGGGUGAGUGGAGUCUUGUGAACUUUGGCCUUUCUUAAAUGACAAACGGAGAUAGUGCUUGUGAUUUUUUUGCUCAGGAUUCCUACACGGGUCUGGAAAAAUGGGGAAAUUAAUUUAUUAAUAAGUCCAGGAAUUGCAGAAUGUCAGUUCAGACAUGCAUGGUUAACUCAGUUUGAGGAGAUUGGAAAAAGAAGAAAUGAAUAGGAAAUUCUAAAAUGAAUGACGUGUAGGAACGCUGUAUUUUAAAUGCAUGGGCACUGCAUGAAUGUGCUCGGAAAAUAAGUCAGAUUUAUCUUGUGGAAUUGCAUGGAAGACAAACUGACUGUUACAGGUACUUACUGUACUGAGAGAGAGAGAUAGAACAGCAUUAAGACUGAACACUGACAAAGGGGAGGACAUAAUUCUCAACAGCACUCCAGAAGAGUUAGUCUCUCUAAGGAAAGUGACACUCCCAUAAGUAUUUCGUGAUCUUAAGUAUAUUAAGGUGUCGCAAAGCCUCUGAAAUUUCACAAUGCAGUUUUAAUCUUUAAGUGGGUCAGUUGCCAGAAAAACACUCAACACAUGAACUGUUAUCUGAAUCAUUUUUUUGUUAGGGAAAGCAAUUUCUAGUCAUAUUGGAACACAAACUCUGAACAUGAAGUUUAACCUGAAACAAUCAGAAAUCUGAACCAAAGCCUCUCACAACAAAACAAAGCCUUUUUUUCUUCAAAUUUUUAUUUUUAAGGACAUAUUCAGUCCAGGUCAGUCACUGCUAAUGAAGUUUUUUUUGUUUUUGUUUGUUUGUUUUUGCUGUAGAGACAUUUAUUUUGUCAGUAUUGGGAGCUGUGAGCGGUGCUUGCUGCCAUAAUUUUAAUGAAUGAUCCGGUACAUAAUGUAAAUCACUGUACAGACUCAGUCACACAUGGAGGUGGAUGUAUUUUAUCUUACGCAUGUCCAGGUGUACAUAUGAUGCCUUGUUCUGCUAUUUUUACCUUUGUGUCCCUCGUUUGAGGUAAAGUGAUGGCAUGAAUAGAAAAGUGGCAGCUGGUUUGGAUAAAGAGGGCCUUUGUGCCAAAAAUAAGUUUCUACCAAACUGGGUUAAAUUAAUUUGCAGAUAAUUCUUACAACAUUUGAAUUUUGUGAAUCACAUUUUUUUUUAACUUCCUGUGUCAAACAGACCAAAUGCAUUUUUUUUUGUUACAUAACAUAAUUAUUUAUGGGAAGCCAUAUCUUAGCAGUAGUCCUAACACAUGCUACGGAUUAUGUGCAAAUACGUGUUGUCCCUUGUUUGACUUUGCACAGUGCAGCCUCUACGCCAGGUGACCUGGCUCCUUUUAUCCACCUGCAUCCCCGAACCUUUUUAAAAUGUUAUAUUUUAUUUGUAUUAUUUAUUUUCCUUUUUUUUUUUUUGGGAAAGUUUCAGUUUCUCAAAUUAUUCAGAUUUUGUUUUUUUAGAUGGUCAGUCAGACAUUUCUCAUGUUGGCAGCGAUGUUUUGUGGCUUAAUAACUUCAGAUGGGUGUCCCGAAAUGAUUUUGAGAUGGAGACAAGUCUUCUGUUAGAGCACAAACUAGUAGUUCUAUGACAAAUAUUUUACAAUCUGUAGCUUCAACGGCACUGGCACUUGCACCAUAUGUAUAAGGCUGUUCCCUGGUCUGUACUGUAGUUGCCUUUGUUAUAUUUAAGAGUGUAAACCAGCGGAGUGGAGCUGGUUUGACAGGCAGCAGUGUUCUCAGUGUGUCUUGGAGUCAGUGGUUGAACUCCUGAGAACAGUAGAGUCAAUCGUUCCCAGCAUAUUUCUGCCUUUCUGGUGAAUUUGAUGUAAAGAUAUGUUACAGUCCUGGAGCCCUGCACUGUUACAGCCUUAGGCUUUACGUUAGUCACCUGUUCAUAAUGUUAUUCUGUGGUAAUGUUGCCCCUCUGCCUAUACUGAUGCAUCAUUUAUCUCUCAGUGACUGACUGAGGUAACAGUCCUCAAUAUUGAAGAUUAAAAAAAACCAAAUACAUUUCAGUGCAUUUGCUUUUCUGAGCCAUUUCAACCUUCUGUUAACAGAUAGGCAUAGCACUCAAGUACAGUAAAGUAUCACAGUAUCAACCACUGCAACCUACCAUUAAAACAUUUACCUUCCAAAAAAUUGUGUGAGUUUUAAGUGAGUGAAAAUCAGCUCACAGAUAUUCAGUGUGCGAGAGCAGAGUGAGUCUGGGUGCAUGGAUUAAUCAUGGGAAUAGGGUCAUGGCUCAGGCUGAGGUCAGAGGUCAGAUGGAGAUGAGGCUGUUUCCAGAUUAAUACGGAUACAUUAAAGACGCCUCUUUGUGUUUGGUUUUGGGUUUCGUCCACACUGAUGCUUUCACCUGCUGAGACAUUUUGUUUUUAAACUACCAAAAUGGAAGGAAGGAAGAACAUUUUCAUUUAUUUAGUAAAAGUUCCAAACAGUUUAUUUUCAUUUUCUACUUAUUUUCUGUGUUCAUAAUGGAAUAUCUGGGGUUUUUCGACUGUUGAUCAGACAAAACAAACAAUUUGAGGGCAUCGAGGUCAUCUUUGGGUUCUAUGAAAUUCUGAUGGGCAUUCGCUUAUAUUGGACAUUUUAUAGAAUCAACAAUUAAUUGAUUAAUGGAAAAAACAAAUCUAUGAAAAUAAUCAUUAAUUGCAGCCAUAAUUGUGUUGGCUUUGUAAGAUGAAAAACAAAUCUUUAGAAGCAAAAUUCCACUGUGGAUGGAAACCUGUUGGACAUUGGCAUUUUCAGAUCGAUUCAUAUUAGCUUGAAUAUUACAGAAUUUGUUGGACAUGUAGUUUUGUCAGAAUAUAAAUGUUCAUUGGAAGGUGAAACACAUUAAACUGGACUGAGAUGCAGCACAUUGAGAAACAAAUCAAUACACAAAUCUCUAAACUCUUAUUUAAGCUAGUUGUAAAGGUUUCUUUUAUGGUAAUAAAGUUGCUCUGUGUGUACCUUUUGCACAUGCUGUGAAUGUAAAUGCUAUUGUGACACUUGGUCUGGUAAAUUAUAAGACCGUGUGUCUAUACAACAAAGUCAUGUCAUCAUAUGUAAAGGGUCAGAGUUGCCCAAAUCACCAACAGAACAUUAUACUUACUUACCUCUAGUCGUAUCCCUUGUGGUACUUUGAGUCAUUUGGGUGAUCUGACCCUUAGACCUGCUGGACAACCAGGAGUGCUUGUUUAAAAGGAGCCGACUGAUUUUAGCUUUCGCUCUCGAUGUUCAUCAAUCAUGUUCAUUUGAAGAACGUGUCAUCCUCAGCUGAUCAGCGUCACAUCACAGCCUGAUGUGUUCACUGUGUCCAGCCUUUAAAACGCCCUGUGUUUCAGCUCUGUGAUUAUUGUGUUGUUAAAGUUGUCGUUAUGGCUUAAUUAUUUUAGAGCCAUAUUUGGGAAUGUUCUGUUAAGGGCUUCUUUUUUUCUUUUUAGUUUUGCUUUUUAUGUGGAUCUGAUUUGACUCUAGAAUGAUUCAUUUAUUUAUUUGACUCUGUGUUCAGUGAACCUGAAUACAGUUCAGCGGAUGCUGCUGUCCAUUCCUGCACAAAUCUCUUUAUAAAGCAUUUCAUUCUAACACUGUCAUGUUUGAUUUUUAUUUUAGUUUUUUAAUUUGAACUGUUACUAUGUGCUCUGAGUCGACCACAUGCUGUCACUUAUUUGCCUAAUAAUUCAUUCCCUUCACCACUAUUGUAUGUUUAUGGUGAACAAUUUGAGCUUCCUUUACAAGGAAAUCAGCACCAAGCUGAAAAGCUGUGUUUCACCUCUGACCGUACACAGCAUCGUUGUUGGGUGUGGUCAGAAAUGUGUUCUGUUGCACCUGUAACCACACCCAACAGCGAUGUCACAGGGGUCUGGAGUACACCUGUAUGUCACUGCAGCACGGUGAGAAGCUAAACCAUUGGAGAUCAGUAAAGACCUCUUAGUAAAGACAUAUUUUGAAUUAAGUUAUUUAUCUGUAUGUUAAUACAGAGUGGCUGUAGUUUUGUUUUUUUGGACAUAGCAGUAACCUAAAAUCAUUCUUAAAGGGAAAAACUGCAACAAUUUCUUUGUAAACAACAGGCGGGCACCGUAACUUCCCAGAAGAGCUGGAUAAGCUGUUUGUUUCAAGAUAUAGUUACAGCCCAUCACUCCAGGAUGUGGUACAGCAUAAUGAAUCUGCGAGGUUAAAUAUGUGGCUAACAAAUUUGUUGAACUAUUGACCUGAUAAGUGGAUUUGCGUGUAUUCACUUCUUCCUACAAGCUAAUUGCACCAACUGCGAUGAUUCCAUCAGAAUACACAGAAAUUGCCAGAAAAUUGGGCUGUGUUUAAAUGCUGGUGUGUCCAAGACUUUACUCUCAUACCUGCAUCAGUUUGCAGUAAAAUAUCUCACUAAUGAUGUCAUUUAAGUAGGGGCGGAAACUUUGAUGAGUCUAAAUUGAUUUGUCUCCAACCUCCCCAGACGACAAGUCAUCCGUUUCCUAAGUCACACACCAGCUGUGUGUAUAAAGUGUGUAUUCCUCUCAGGGAGGGUCCUGUCUUUAGGGUACACCAGCAGAGAUCUGAAUGUGACUCCUUGGUACUAGACACUGUGGCUAGAUGUUCCGCCAUGUAAGGGAGUCCCGCUGUUUUCCUUAUCCUGUCCUGGUCUUAGGUCUGGCCUGGAUUCACACAAUCCAUUUGUACUCUGCAUCUCACGGUCUUCAUAAACGGAUGGGAGAUUGCUCAUUUGAGAGCUCCAGAAAAGGCUUGAAAGGGGAGCAUGAGUCAAGGUUAUUUUGGCAAACUAGCAGCUUUGACAUCAGUAUGAAUCAAGAGACUUGUCUUGAACAAUCCUCACGCUCCAAAAAAUAAGGAAAGUAGAUCCAAAUGGUCCAAAUCACUCUAUGUGAAAGCUUGGUUUAAUAAAAUGUUUUUGUUAAGAGUAGGGUUUUUUUAAUUUUUUCUUAUGAUUGUGCAGCAGCGCUUUAUGAAAGAGCGCUUGUGAUUGAUAGAAAGAAGUCAGAAAAUAGUUCCCUCCUGACAAGAGAACUUCUUCAAACAACAAUCUUUUUCUCUGCUUGUGACUUGUUUGUUUGUCCUCGCUUGAGCACCGUUUCCCUGUCUCAUGCUGAACAAAACAAAAGCACUGUUACAUUGAUCAAAUUAAGAAGACUGGCGACCAUUCAUUUAGUACUGGAUUUUGGCCUGUCGGCAUCAUUCCUCCUGAUCGCAGCCUGAGGGUCUGCAGGGAAAUUGGGGAUUUUUUGUGGUUUUUUUGUUUACUGAUAUGAUUGUUCAGUCACAUUUUCUAAAGGAAUUCUUCCUUUUUAAAGGCCAAAGUUGUGCACCCUCUACUAAACAAACUUCAUGUAGGUUUUUAAAGGGAGAGUUUGUGUCCCACUUCUAUUACGACGCUCCAGAGGCUUCAGUUCAAAGGCGUCAGUCAAAAUGUUUCGCCUUUCUGAUUUUAAAAUACUUCUGAGUCUGGGAAUUGUUAUUAACUGACAAAUCUGCAUCUGUGUAGCCAUCUGACAGGAGAAGAAAAUCUAUAAAUAUUUUUGUAAAUUUUCUCUUCACUUCCAUCAUUUGCACUUUUUGUGUGUCAUUGUUGUCUAUAACCUUUACGCUUGUUUCACUUGAUGAAUUUCUAUGGUGGAAGUUUUAAGAUUUUUGUUUUCCUUUGACAGAAUGGGUUUGGCUUUAUAUAAAUUCAAUGUUCACUCAAAUAAAAUAUAUGCUGUGA